AGUAAAACACACAACACAAGACAAGAAAAACAACAACAUUGGAGUUUCCUCAACCAAAAUUGUUUCGGAACAACCUAAGAUCAUUUCAUUGUUUUUAAUCUCUCUCACAUCACAUGUUCUUAUUGCUUAUGCCUCUCUGUAUUUCUUUUUCUUCAUUCUCCUAUACUAUAUAAUAAUAAUAUUACUAAACUAUAGUAUAUAACAAUUUGUAACACCACUUUGAUUUGUAAAUGGCAAAUGCAUCUGGGUUAUUCUCUACUCCUUAUACUCCUAACUUCAGAGUAACCCUUCCUUCUCUCUCUACCACUCAUCGAUUUCAAGCUUUCAAAGUUUUUUGCUCUGGAACCAUCGAAGGUGCUGCUGCUUCCACUCUCCCCCCUUCAAAAUCUCCAAAACCCAGAUUUUUAAUUCAAGGGUGCAAGUUGGUUGGAUGUGGUUCUGCUUUGCCAUCUCUUCAGAUUACUAAUGAAGAUCUUUCCAAAGUUGUUGAUACUAGUGAUGAAUGGAUAUAUGCUCGCACAGGGAUUCGGAAGCGGCGUGUUCUUUCAGGUGAAGAGAGCUUGACAACCAUAGCAGGGGAGGCGGCUAAGAAAGCUCUCGAGAUGGCAAAGGUUCAUCCUGAUGAUAUUGACCUUAUAUUAAUGUGCACUUCGACACCGGAUGAUCUUUUUGGUAGCGCUCCACAGAUUCAACAACAACUUGGCUGCACAAAAAAUCCAUGGUGUUAUGAUAUUACGGCUGCUUGUAGUGGAUUUGUGUCAGGUUUACUAUCAGCGGCAUGUCACAUUAGGGGGGGUGGAUUUCAAAAUGUUCUAGUUAUUGGAGCUGAUGCGCUUUCACGAUAUGUUGAUUGGACAGAUAGAGGGACCUGUAUUCUUUUUGGUGAUGCUGCUGGUGCUGUAGUAGUACAGGCCUGCAAUAUUGAGGAAGAUGGUUUAUUUGGUUUUGAUGUGCAUAGUGAUGGUAGUGGUGUAAGGCAUUUGAAUGCUGGCAUUAAAGUUGACGAGUCAAAUAAUGCAUUUGAUUCAAAUGGUUCAUUGCGGGGUUUUCCUCCCAAGAAAUCCUCAUAUUCGUGCAUUCAAAUGAAAGGAAAAGAAGUCUUUCGCUUUGCUGUACGAUGUGUGCCACAGACGAUCGAAUCUGCCCUUGAAAAGGCUGGUCUUCCUGUAUCUAGUAUUGAUUGGUUACUUCUACAUCAGGCAAACCAAAGGAUUAUUGAUGCAGCUGCGACUCGGUUAGAAAUCCCCUCAGAAAAGGUGAUAUCUAAUUUGGCUGAUUAUGGUAACACAAGUGCAGCUUCCAUUCCCUUAGCGUUAGAUGAAGCAGUUAGAAGUGGCAUGGUUAAGCCAGGACAAACUAUUGCAGCUGCUGGCUUUGGUGCUGGUCUUACUUGGGGUUCGGCAAUUGUUCGUUGGGGCUGAGUCGCAUCUUUCACAUCAACAUUGCAUUUUCAAAUUGAGAAGAUUUUCAAGUGCAAGUGCAGCUUUAUAGGUAACCUGAUUUCUUAAGCAUACAUGUAGAAAUGGAGUUUGAUGAGUUUGCACAAGGAUAAUAGCCGGAGCAUCGAGCACUUCCACAUCUCAUUACCUUUUUUUAUCUUCAAUUCAUAUUGUUCUUGGUCUUGGUCUUGGUCUUGUUUUGUCAAGUACCAAUUUUCUUUUUUCUGAGGUAUGUAUUUGUUAUUCAGAUUUAUUUUAAAAGAGGCUUACUAUUUACUUUGUAAUUGUAAAAAACAAUGCAGCAUGGACAGUAGUUGCUUGAUUGUACUCUAGACAUCCUUUUCAACAGUCAAGUACACCAACCAACUACCUAAUUGUAGACAUUUGUUUUACUAUCUAUUAAAUGCACCGCAUAGGAGUUUCAAUA